CUUGAGAUGGAAGUGGGUGCUUGUUUGAUCAAAGAGCGAAACUUAGACCUCAUGGCCUCCUUACUCCAUGCAUCGAUCUCUUGUAAUCUCAUUCGCGAACUUUAACUGAAAUCCAUGGCAGGUCUCCAGUUACUGAACUCAAUGUUUUCACAAUUAUCACUUCCUCACGCUGACAAACUGUCAAGCAUAAGAACUGCAAAUUACACCCAAAUUCCUUCAUGGGUAUCGCUCAAGUCCAGCAAUUUGCGACUCAAAACCCUCGAUGCUCAGCACGGUAAACUCGAGAACGUCCAUUUGGUUUCCCUUUCCAGGCAGGAUAAACUCAAGGAAGCCCAUGAAUUCCUUCUCGAAAUGGACCGUUGUAAUGUACCUGUUGCUCCUCAAUCGUAUAAACAUUUACUUGAAGCAUGUUCGAAUUUAAGGUCUUUAGAUUUUGGAAAGUUAAUUCACCAACGAUUGGGAAAAGACCCGCCUGCCUUUCUUGUGAAUUCUGUUCUCCGGAUGUACUGUAAUUGCGGGAGUUUUGACGAUGCUAGGAAAGUGUUUGAUGAAAUGGGUCAACGAACCUUGGCUUCGUGGGUCAUAAUUAUAUCUGCUUAUGCAGAUGGAGGGCUAUUGGAGGAUGCCAUAGAAUUGUUUUUGAGAAUUCAAGAUUCAGAUUUAAAAGCGAAUCCUUCUAUUUAUAUUAGCCUUUUGAAGUCUUUUCUGGAUUCUUCGUGUUUGGAGAUUGGAAAUCAGAUGCAUUGUCAAGUAAUUAAGGUCGGAUAUACUAAUAAUGUGGCCAUGGACACUUCUAUAUGUAAUAUGUAUGUUAAAUGUGGGAAUUUGGAGAGUGCCAAGCUGGGUUUUGAUCUGAUGCAGGAAAAGAAUGCUGUUUCCUGGACAACAAUGAUGGUGGGGUGUACUCAAGCUGAUAGGCAUGAGGACACCUUGGGAUAUUUCAAAAGGAUGGUGAAUGAAGAUGUUGGUUUGGAUGAGUUUGUGUUUUCCAUAACUCUAAAGGCUUGUGCUGCGCUGGAUGACAGAAAAAUGGGAGAGCAAGUUCAUGGUUUGAUUGUUAAACUUGGGUUGGAAAAUGAGGUCUCUGUAGGUACUCCUCUUGUGGAUUUUUAUGUGAAAUGUGGAGAUGUGGAAUCAGCCAGUCAAGCAUUUAAGAGGAUAAGUGAACCAAAUGAUGUCUCUUGGAGUGCUAUAUUAACUGGUUAUUCUCAAAUUGGUGAAUUUGAAAAAUGUAUUAAGGUUUUUAAGUCUUUAAGAAGUCAAGGUGUUGUUUUGAACGAAUUCAUAUACACAAGCAUUUUUCAAGUGUGCUCAGCAUUUGCUGACUUCAAUUUUGGUUCUCAAGCGCAUGGAGAUGCAAUAAAAAGAGGUCUGGUUUCAUAUCUUUAUGGAGAGAGUGCCAUGAUUACUAUGUAUGCUAAAUGCGGAAGGUUGGAUUAUGCCUAUCAAGUUUUUCAAUCGAUGGAUGAACCUGAUACUGUUGCUUGGACAGCUAUGAUUGCUGGUUGUGCUUACCAUGGUAAUGCUCUUGAAGCCCUGAGUCUCUUCAAGAAAAUGCAAGCUUCUGGUGUUGGCAUGAAUGCAGUUACAUUUGUGGCAGUUUUUACUGCUUGUAGCCAUGCUGGUUUGGUUGAAGAAGCAAACCGGUAUUUAGAAUCGAUGAGUCGUGAGCAUGGUGUGGAGCCAACUAUUGACCACUACAAUUGUAUGAUUGAUAUAUACUCUCGAGCUGGGCUGUUGAAUGACGCACUUGAUUUGAUAAAUUCGAUGCCAUUUGAACCUGAUGCAAUGAGUUGGAAAAGUCUAUUGGGAGGAUGCUCAAUCCACCGAAAAUAUGAGCUUGGUAAAACUGCUGCUGGGAAGCUCCUUCAACUAGAUCCCAAGGACACUGCUGCUUAUAUUCUCUUAUUCAACUUGUACGGUUUGUCUGGGAGGUGGGAUGAAGCUGCAAGCGUUAGGAAGCUUAUGGCUGAAAGAGAUUUAAGGAAAGAGAUUGGUUGCAGCUGGAUUACUGUUAAGAGUAAAGUACACCAAUUUAUAGUGGGUGAUCUACACCAUCCUCAAGCAGAAGAGAUUUACUCAAAACUGAAGGAACUAAAAUUCUCUGAUUCUCAUAAAGAAAAUGCACUUUUAACAGAAGAUGAUGUGACAGAUUCUUUGCCAGAGCGAAAAGAACAGCUUCUUGUCCACAGUGAGAGGCUUGCUAUUGCAUUUGGCCUCAUUUCAACACCAAGUAAUGCUCCUAUUGUGGUUUUCAAGAAUCUCAGAGCUUGUAAAGAUUGCCAUGAUUUUGCGAAACAUGUAUCUUCUGUUACGGGGCGAACAAUUGUUGUUAGAGAUUCUAAUAGAUUCCAUCACUUCAAAUCUGGAGAGUGUUCCUGUGGGGAUUACUGGUGACUUCUGAUUACUUAAAAUGAGAGCUCAUUACACUGUUCUUGUUAUAUCAUCGUUUCUGUCUUGUCUGAAGUCUCUCUUCCACAGUUUAAGCUCAUACAGAAAGAAACACAUACCAUAAGACCCUGGUUUUCUAUUGUUACACGAGUAAGAUCACCCCCGUGUUGUAUAUAAGGGAAUUCUUGGACUAGAUUCAAUAUUUUCUUCAUUCUGAAUAUUACUGCAAUUCUAAUUCCACCUUGCGCUUAA